UUGACGUUUUUUCCAGAAUGUUCGGAAAAAAAUUUAUUCUGAUAAUAUUAUAGAAUCAAUAACAUUAAUUCAUAUUUUAAUAGAAUAUGUUGGAUUAAAUUUUUUUUUAAUUAGCUUUGAUAGCGAAUAACUUUUUUUAAAAAUGACCAAAAUUAUGUGGACUUAUAGUAUUAUUUGGAGUUUAAUUUUUGUUAGUGUGACGUGUGAUAAGAAUGAUAAUUCCAAGCUUUUGGAACCAACGAGCCCACCACUCACAUACACGCAUAUGGGUCAACUACUCGAGUUAUGUUAUUCAAAUGUGUCAAAUCCGAUCGCAAUGACUCCGAACCUCAUUGACACUGUUUAUCUUAAUCCAUCCAACACCUUGACAGCACCAAUUAUUAUUCUUGACGACAACUUUCUCGCAAAAGAUAUCCAACUUUACUAUCCAGCAUAUCCGACAUACGUGAUAUCGGUAGAUACUUACAGAGAAUUGCUAAAUAUUAUUAAUAAAAUAAGGGAAUCACCAUUAUGGAAUACAGCAUCAGUGUUUUACGUCAUCGGUAACACUUACCAAUCAUGCGAAAAUGCGUUUCUAAUGCCUUACGUACUAUGGCUUUUCGAUUGUUUAUCAACAUUUGUUAUAUGUCAAGGAAUAAACAAUCAAACAAUGCUGUCUACUAUAAAUCCAUUCACCCAUCGAGCACCGUAUCCAUGGAUCAAAGUUGAGGAAGUUGAAGUUCCGGAUCCAAGAAUGGCUUUAUACGGAGUACCUUUCAUAAAUGAUAAAAUGUUGUGUGAUGCUCUUAACUUCGAUAAGACGCAGUUUUUAGACGGUUACAACGUAAAAGUAACUCAUGCCGGGUCACGUAACGAAUUUCUACAGAAGUUGGUUUUUCCGAGUUUAAACAUGACUCCGAUUAUGAGUUAUGGAGGUGAUCUAAUGACACAUUUAUUUGCUAAUCGUUUUCAAGAUUUCAGUAACACGUUGACAUCUUUCGAUUCAGUUGAUAGUAGGUAUGUUGAUUUAGUAUCAGGGGUUGUUGAAAGUAAUUAUGCUGUAGUAACACAAAAAAGAAGUUUCUUAUCAUUAUUUAAUCAUGUUACUAGUGUAUUUGAUGUUGACGAUAUUAUCGCAAUAAUUAUCAUUCUUUUACUAUUUAUAAUAGUAAUUAUGUUGAGCAAUGAGUAUCAGAUCAUCCCGGCUUUUAUGGAUGUUUUCAAAUUGCUAUUAAGAAUGGGUAUGGAUUCACCUGUUGACCGGCUGUUCAUGAAAAUCAAUCUUUUUACUGCGUUGUUGUUCAUUUUUAUGUUCGGUCCAGCUAUUGACGCACAAUUAUCUGCGAUACUGACUCGCCCCUCGUCUUUUGACGCGGAAACACUUCAAGAUUUGCAUGAUCAUCGAUAUCACGUCCAUUACCACUCCUCAUUACAUAAAGAUAUGAUGGAAACCGAAAUUUGGACGACUGUUGAGGAUAUGAAAUAUUUACAUCCCCAUGUCGAAGUACGUCCACUCUCCUGUCUCGAACUAGCCAGUGAGGAUAAUACUGUUGCGUGUAUUUAUGAAACUAUUUCUAUACUGCCUUAUCUGAAGAAAAAUUUACGGGCUUCAGAAAACUUCGUAUUCAAAACUAGUUUCAGUUACUGGGCUCGGAAACACUGGCCCCUCAAAAAACGGGUUGAUCAGCAAACGUUAAGAGCAAUGGAAUCGGGUUUUGAUAAAAUUAGCAAUCGACGUAGUCGGAAUACACUAAAAAAAAUGAAAGCCAAGGAGAGAUUGAAAAAAAUUGUAGACUACAAUAAAGUAGACGCGAUAGAUUUAGAAUAUGUUUACAUAUUUUUUGCAUUUAUUCAGCUUCUUGCGAUUGUUAUAUUCGGGAUUGAGUACAUCAUUGCUCGAUGGCUGCGCCCACGACAAUAAACAAUAAACUUAAAUUUUGGUUGACGACAAUAUUUACUAACCGAUGCAAUAUAACAAUCACUUGAUAAUUAUAUUGAAUCCAAUCUGGUUACUCUUUUAGAUUCUAUAGUCAUAUCGAAUUUAUUGUAACGAAAUUUAUUUAUCAAUUAAUUGCAAAAUGAUUAAAAUAAUCUGGCGUGAUAAUUUUUAAUUAUUAAGAGAUACAUUAUCCAAAAAUGUAUGUAAAAGCGUUCUAUAAAUCUGUAAU